AUGUUAACGUCAAAAUGCUUGUUGCUGCUGUUGGCAAUUACGUUUGCGCCAUGCGAACUGGUGCGCCAACAUGCCAUCCGAAUUGCCAUGGGAAUCGUCGGAGAUGAUUUAACGGGCGAAUGGCGCAGCGUAUAUGGCAGCGCGACUGAGGUUUUGCAUAUUGCAGAGACGGCCUGCUUGAAAUUUGUCGGAAAAGUGGCAAUACUCGAGGAAUUGUUCAGCAAACCAUCCUAA